UGAGAGGCAAACUUGGAGACUUACCUAUUGAGCAGUGUAUCAAACACAUCAGUCGGGAAGAUGUCGCGACUUCAGUUCUUUGAGGACCGGGUUUUUCGCCUCGUUCUCACUAAGGAUCUGACUAUGGACGUCGCGUUUUGGCCGCCAUUGCGGGGCCCUCAGGCGCAUCAAGUUCGCACCCGCCCUGUGGUACCUCCAAGACCCAAGCCGCGACUCAGCAAGCAGAAGACUCCAGCAGCAUCAAGUACAGCAAUGACAGUACCAGUUGCCACCGGGGUUCUUCCCGCAUGCCCGGUCCAAGGGGCCGGUGAGCCGUUGGCAACUUACCUUCAACGGGUACAGGCAUUUACAGAUGUCGUGGCUACCGCAAAGGCACAAGAGGAGGCAGCAGAGGCAGAACGUCAGCGGCUGGCCAAUGAAGCGGCGGCCCUAGCUCAGCAGACUGCUGAGGCUGACGCCGUGGUGCGAGACAAGCGGAACGCCAUUUGCAUGGAGUCCUUGACUACGAAUGAGAGUCAGUGGACGACACUGCUCCAGGGCAUGCUGUUUGUGCCUUCGGAAACACAGGCGGAUCCGACACGGACGGAGGAAGACAGGAGCAACCUGGCGAACCUGAUGUUGAAUAUGAUGCGAGCGAUCAUGUGGAACAACACGAUGUUAAUGGUGCAAAUACACGAGGGCAGACAGCUGCGGCAGAUUCAGCAGAAUGAUUUUGCAGCCUUAACAGCUGCUGUUCGCGCUACCGCCUCACAUCAGCAACAACAGCGACAGCUGUUGAACACCACCACCGCACGCGUCAGCAACAUCGAGGCUAAGGCCUCAGCAGCACCAGGCUGCACGACGGACGCGACGAAACAGCUCAACGAGCGCAUCGAUCACGUCGUCAAUAUCAUCGGCAAUAUAGGCGAUUUCACUAGCCCGGCCACAAUCAGCAGCACGGUGGCCGCCAUCAAGACGGACAUCACCAAGCUGCAGACGAGACCGGACGCCGCUACGAAGACUUACAAGAUGCCGCACUUCGACAUCAGCAAGUUCGACGACUACAACAAGUCGGACGCCUUGACAUGGUGGCAACAAGAGGAGGAGGUAGCCAUGUAUAUCCCCAAGGACGAGCAAGAGGCCGCCGUGAAGGAAUGGGAUGCAGAAGGAGAUGCUUUGAAGCGGCAGGCGAUGGAAGAUGAGAAGAGAACGGAGUGGAAGUUGAGGAUGAUGAGGGAGAAGAAGAAGAGGGUGGAUGCGGCCAGUGCAACAGUCAAAGAGUUAGAGGAGGUGCAGAAACUGAAUCUACAGUUGACCCCUCAAGAAGAACAAUAUGAGUUUAGCAGAAGUCAGGAUAUGGCUGUGCGCUCGAUGCGGAUGGGGUUUCGAGACUUUGCUCGCAAACUGGUAGGCGCUGUAGGAGCCGAGGUGAACCAUCGCCUCGAGAAGACCGAACGAUUUUGCGUUGGCGCCAUUAAAGGCGUGAAGGUCACAGCUCCCAAGGAGGAAGAGGCAUAUCCUCGCAGGGAGCCAGUCAAGGUCAAGUUCCCUGAUUCCUACAGUGGAAAAAGGGAAGAAAACUUUGACAAUUGGGAGGCCAAUGUCAAGACCUAUGUGCAUUUGCAACAGGUUUCCCCAGAUCAGCACGUGUUGAUAGCCAUUCAUGCGCUUAGAGAUGAGGCAGCCAGUUUCGCGAGGUCCCUAGUCCGCUCUGCCAACUGCAAUGACGAUGCGGUUGCAUACUCUUCAUUCACCCCCCUCGUAGAUUUCAUGAAGUUGUUGCGCGAGCGAUUUGCUGAUGUCGCCCGCAGUGUCAAAGCCUCAGAUAGGCUUCAGACCAUCCAUUCUCGUCAAUGGAAGAGUGCCAGGGCACUAAAGGGUGUUAUGGACGAAUUGGUAGUAGCUAUUCCUGACCACGGGGUCACAGAGACCCAGUUGGUUAACCUCUUCUACAGGGCCAUGCCCGAAUCCCUGCGAGGCCACUUCUUUGCGAAGAGUCAAGAUCCUGCUAUGACGUACGAUGCACUCAGCAGGGAAGUGGUGGCCUUUGAGGCAAAGUCUGUGUCAGUUUUCACUUUUUGGCACAAAGACUUGGACAAAGGAAAGAAGUGGAAGGGUCGCACUAUCUCAGGGCAAGUUAAGACCAAGGAUAGUCUUGUCCUUGAAGGUAGUGUUGAGGAGAUCCCCUACGAACAGAUCGAGUGGGGAUUAGAGGAUGAGGACAGUGUGGUAAGUCAGGGGAGAACUUAUGUUGCUGUCGCGGCUGGAGGGAGGCCGCAAGGAGGAGGACGAGGCCAGGGCCAAGGAGGCCGGGCCUCAGGGGGCCGAUUUCAGAGCGAUCAGGGGGUUGGCGGCAGAGGAGGAAACCGCCAAGCGGGAGGAAGGGGUCUAGGUCCCCCGCAAAACCGUUUUGGGAAUAGGUCUCCUUAUAGGAGAGGUCGAUGGCACCCAGGGCUACCACAGGCCAACUACUACAGAAAGUUCGUGAGGAACUUCUCCACUAUCGCUGCGCCCUUUCGCAUAUUACUAAGGAAAGAAACAAUCUGGAAGUGGGAUACGGACUGCACGUCUGCCAUGAAGAAAUUGAAGCAGGCAUUGAUAGAGUACCCAGUCCUUAAGGUGGCCGAUCCGUCCCUACCCUUUGUCGUCACUACGGACGCCAGCCAGUACGGCAUAGGUGCUGUUUUACAGCAAGACGAUGACAAUGGGUAUAGACCCGUAGAGUUCAUGUCUGCUAGGAUGCCUUCAGAAAAGGUAGCGACAUCUACUUAUGAGCGAGAACUCUACGCUCUCAGGCAAGCGUUAGACCACUGGAAGCACUACUUGCUUGGGAGGCACUUCAAAGUCUAUUCAGAUCACGAGACGUUGAGAUGGUUAAAGACCCAGGCCAAGAUGACACCUAAGCUUACUAGGUGGGCCGCAGAGAUAGAUCAGUAUGAUUUCGAGAUCAAGCCAGUAAAAGGGAAGUAUAACAUAGUUGCGGAUGCUCUGAGUAGGAGAGCGGACUACUUUGGAGCGAUAGUUCACUAUCUGGACAUAGGGAAGGACCUGCAGCAAAAUGUUAGAGAAGUGUACGCGCAGGACCUCUAUAGUGACCUUCUUAAGAAAGUAAAGGAGGUCCCAGAGACCGAGCCAGAUUACCGCACUACUGAGGGGUUGCUCUUUGAGAAGACUAACGUAUUUGACCGAUUGUGCAUUCCCAAUAGCGAAGAAAUCCGUAGUCUGAUCUUAGGAGAAUGCCACGACACAGAGGGUCAUUUCGGUUGGCAAAAGACUCUGGCCAAUCUAAUGCACGUGUACACCUGGCCGGAAGGAAAUGAGUUUCCACAUAGACCCUCUAUGAUUCCACCAGACAUGGAUGGCGGAUACGAGGUUGACAGGAUCAUAGAGCAUGGCUACUUCUCUACGGGAGGACGUGGACGACCUCAGAAGCAGUUCAAGAUACGUUUUAAAACUCAAGCACCAUCUGAGGACAAAUGGUUUAGUAAACGUGAACUACUUGAAACUGCUCCUGAUAUUGUCGCUGCUUAUGAACGAGGGUUAAAGUCUUCGAUAUUUCUGCGGUGGAACUCGAAAAUGGGCCGUGUGACCAAGGCACGCCCAGUAGGUACUCAUGGUGGUACUUCCACCAACCUCUACAUGAAGGAGGAGGGGGAGAAGAUGGCCGCCAUGCUGCAGGAGAGGAAGGAGAAGAAGGAGGCCAAGAAGAAGGCCUUGAAAGAGGAACAGGCGGCCAAAUUAAAGAAGAUGGAAGAAGAGAUGGCCAGGGAGAAAGAGAGGUUGAAAAAGGAAGAAGAAGAGAAGCUGAAGGAGGUGGAUGAAGAAGAGGAAGGUUCGCCACUGCAAAAGAAUAGUGGACAGCACAGUGGCAGCAAUGGUGGGGACCUGGAGAAGAAGAUUUCRGAGUGGGUMGCCAACUUGWCCCUGGGCGAGGAAGAAGAGGUGAUGAUGUACAUCCCAAAGGAUGACCAAGAGGCUGCUAUGAAGGCUUGGGAUGCGGAGAAAGACCCUCUUAGGCGACAGGCACUGGAGGAUCAACAGAGGAUAAAGUGGAAACUUGCCACGAUGAGGGAGAAGAAGAGAAGGGUGGAUGCGGCGAGUGAGGCGGUCAGGGAGUUAGAAGAAAUGCAGAAAGUAAGUCUAAAGUUGACCCCUCAGGUAGAUCUCGAACGAAAGGUAGAGAUACUCGCCCAGAGCGUCGAGCGGCUAGCAAAGAUACAAGAGCAGCAAUACGAGUUUAGCCGAAGCCAGGAUAUAGUUGUGCGCUCGAUGCGAAUGGGAUUCCAGGACUUUGCGCGCGAACUGAUAGGAGCCGUAGGGGCCGAGGUGAAUCAUCGCCUCGAGAAGACUGAGCGUUUUUGUGUUGGCGCCAUUGAAGGCGUCAAAGUGGCAGCUCCCAAGGAGGAGGAAGCACGUCCUCCUCGUCGGGAGCCGGUCAAGGUCAAAUUCCUCGAUUCCUACAGCGGGAAGAGGGAAGAGAACUUUGACAACUGGGAGGCCAACGUUAAGACCUAUGUGCACUUGCAACAGGUCUCCCCGGAUCAGCAUGUCUUGAUUGCGAUCCACGCGCUCAGAGACGAAGCUGCCAUCUUUGCAAGGUCCCUAGUCCGCGCCGCCAACUGCAACGAUGAUGCAGUUGCCUAUUCGUCAUUCACCUCCCUCGCUGAGUUCAUGAAAUUGUUGCGCAAGAGAUUUGCUAAUGUCGCUCGAAGUGUCAAAGCCUCGGACAAGCUUCAGACGAUCCAUGCCCGUAAGUGGAAGAGUGYYARGGCACUCAAGAGCACAAUGGACGAACUAGUAGCUGUCCCUGACCACGGGGUUACAGACACCYAGUUGGUUGCUCUCUUCUAUAGAGCGAUGCCCGAAGCUUUUCGCGGGCACUUCUUCGCGAAGAGCGAAGACCCUGCCACCACUUACGAUUCCCUUAGUCGUGAGGUGKUGGCUUUCGAGGCMAAGUCUAUGUCARUUUCCACCUUCWGGCACAAGGACUUGGACAAGGGUAAGCAAUGGAAGGGCCGCACUAUCUCAGGGCAAGUAAAGACCAAGGACAGCCUUGUCCUAACCUUAGAUGAGGGUAGUGUGGAUGAGACCCCCUACGAACAGAUCGAGUGGGGGUUAGAGGAGGAGGACAGCAGUGUGGGCCAGGGGAGGACUUACGCUGCUGUCGCGGCUGGAGGGAGGCCGCCAGGAGGAAGAGGCCAGGGCCAAGGGGGCCGGGCCUUAGGGAGCCGGUUCCAGGGCGAUCAGGGGGUUGGCGGCAGAGGAGGAAACCGCCAAGCGGGAGGCAGGGGUCGAAUAGAGGGAGUCCAGGCGUAUUUCCGCCUAGAGAAAGAUGGGAAAAUGGAAAAGAUUCUCCACUCCCUGACUCUCCUCGUAGAAGACAGCCUCCCCUUUGAUAUUGUUCUGGGAAUGGAUUGGGGAGAGGCAGUCGGGGCCACGCUCCAUUUGAAGGAGCACGAGUGUAGGCCCCCUAGUUCUGCAGGCGAGGCCAAGACUGCCCGCCUGUUCCAUGUGUCAGGGGUAGAGAAUUCCUUGGCGCAUUGCUGCCUUAGUGCCCCCGCGUUCGCCAGACUGGUGAAAAAGGAGAAGUUGGAGGAACAGGUUUUUGUUGCCUAUGUUAGGCCAGUCACUGAGCCUACGGAAGAAAAGCCAAUCGACCCUGCAAUUGCCAAGCUGCUGGAAGAGUUCAAAGAUUUAACUGAGCCGCCGACGGGUACGGUGCCGCGGCCCAUCCAGCACCGCAUUGAGAUAGAGCCUGGCAGUAGAACUCUUAAGGGCGCUGUGUAUAGGAUGUCCCCACGGGAGUUAGAAGAGCUUCGCAAGCAAUUGGACGAGCUCCUCGAGAAGGGUUGGAUUAGGCCCAGUUCAUCUCCUUUUGGAGCCCCUGUCCUCUUUGCUCCUAAGAAGGAGAGAGGGCUGAGAAUGUGCAUAGACUAUAGGGGUCUGAACGCUAUUACAGUGAAGAAUGUUGAGGCACUGCCGAGGAUAGACGAUCUUUUAGAUCGAGUGCAGGGGGCGAAGUAUUUUUCCAAGAUAGAUUUGAAGUCCGGAUAUCAUCAGAUAGAGGUACAUCCUGAUGAUCAUAAGACCGCCUUCCGGACUAGGUAUGGGCAUUAUGAGUUUAUAGUGAUGCCCUUUGGACUGACCAACGCGCCCGCAACGUUCCAGCGCUGUAUGAACGAUUUGUUCAGGUCGUGGUUAGACAAAUUUGUUGUAGUUUACCUAGAUGACAUCCUAGUGUUUAGCCGGACCCUCGAAGAGCAUCAGGGUCAUCUCAGGAAGGUCUUGGAGAAGCUUCCGUCAUCUCAGGCAGGUCUUGGAGAAGCUGACGGAAGCUAACUUCAAGAUCAAUGUGAAGAAGUGCGAUUGGGCGAAGACCCAAGUUUUGUAUCUAGGACACGUCUUAGACGGAGAUAGCGUUAAGACAGAGGAUA